AUGAUUCUCGGCUUCAUCUCCUUGCUGUUGACGUUUAGUCAGGACCAGAUCGUGAAAAUCUGCGUGCCAAAGGCAGUUGCAGAUUCUAUGCUGCUAUGUCGCCCUGAUGCAGAGUCAACUGGCAGAAAUAAAAGGUGGCUUCUCGCGCUGGUGCUGACGGAGUCACACCUGAAGCGCAGGAUUUUAGCUGCUGGUGGUUCAGUGGAAAAGGAGCAACUGAUUACUGCCACAGGCUUGCACCAGUUGCACAUUCUGAUCUUCUUUUUGGCUGUGUUUCAUGUGGUAAAUAGUGCUCUUAUAAUGGUCCUUGGAAGAGCAAAGAUACAUAGAUGGAAGGAUUGGGAAAAGGAUACGACAUCGGCUGAGUAUGCCUUCACGACUAGUCGAUUGCUUGAACAAGCAUCCUACUACUAUUUGCUUUCCAUCCCACCAAUGUUACGCAAGUAUGAUUUUCAUCUUGUUUUGUCUGGAAACCGUUACUACAUUUCUGAUCAGAGACAACAUGCGAUUCGAGCUUAUAGGAAUGCACUCUUCGUUUACAGAGAAAAUGGUUGGAGUUAUAUAUCUAAUCAUGUUCACUACAAUGUUGGAAGGUUCUCUAUGCUUUGUUUGUAUAUUUGUGCAUUUAUCUUUGAUGCUUUUAACCUUAUCUCCUUCCAUUUACUUACAUGGUAUUCUUUUAUUGGAGUUCUUGAUUUGGCUAUCAAGCAUAUGCUGGAGGUUUUGGCUUGCAGUCAUCUGUCCCUAGCCACACAAAAUGCAUUUCUUAAUGAAUUUUCCCAUGUUGUCCAGAGCAUGGGAAUGAAAUUUGAGGUUUACAAUCUUCGAAUACCUGUUAUCAAUAUGGCCUCACUCAAAAGACAAAUUAAUUCUUAG